GUGGCCAACCCAAUAAUUUUUUUUGGCCUAUUGUUACCAGAUGCAACAUUAAAGUGCAAAUACCAACAAUCCAGUGAGAGACGUGUGGAAACUGAACGAAAUAUAAAAUCAAGAUAGAAGAGAAACAAAUAAUUGCAAUGGUGGCGCCAGUUCAUUGACUGGGACUGGGAAGGGAGCUCCGAUAGUCGUCACGGGAUAAGAUAAAUUCCUUUAAUUUUUAGAGAUUAUGAUAUCGAAUAUCGAUUUAGCCUAAGCCUUCAAAUAUCUUAUUCUUAAUUUUAAAUUCCUAGUGCUUCCAUCGGCGGGCUUCGGGGAAACCCCCGUGGGGUCGGGUCCGGGUUAUUGGUUCCGUCCACUACGGUACUCUUCCCUCGGGGGAAUUCCCUACAGUUGGGGACAUCGCCCACUGGCGCCACCACUGUUUAAAUGUAGUCAACACACUUUUUAAAUUAAAAUUUAUAUAAAAAUGUAUAUAGCCUAGGUUCAAGUAAUGGUCGAAAUAAAAUGCUUCAUUCCACAUUUCCACAGUUGAUAAACUAUUUGGAUUAUAGGAGUGUUUGUGUAAUACUCCUGACAUGUUUGUGUAAUACUCCUGACAUACGCCACUACAAAUAACAGGCACUACUACAUCAGUAAUCAUAUAACAAUAAUGAUAAUUUGUUACUUUUUAUAAACUCAUUGUGGUUUUUGUCUCUAUUGUGUGAGGAUCUGUGUUACUCUCACACUACAUUUGCAAUUUUUAUACCGCCUUGAUUUGUGCACCUUUUACUAAAAUUAGAGAAUAGUGCAGCAUACAGAUGAAUACUGUAUACAGAUACGACGGUAUUAAGAAUUGUAUUGUUGCAACAGGCCUAUUGCUGCUAUUUUGCUGAAGUUUAAUACAGAGCAAUGCACAUCCUUCCUUACUGUUUUUUCCCAGGGGCAUUGGAGCGUAGCAUUUCUCAUGUGACGUCACAUAUUUGAAAUAUACACACAUAAGAUGGCGGAAUAGACAACUCAACUAAAUGAGUCAAAACAUAGGGUUUACAAGCAAUAUUUAGGAAUUUUACGAUUACUGUUUUAUUUCGUUUCAAUCUGUAUCUCAGGUAAAAAUUACAGCUAUUCUCAGUUAACAACAAAAGCCAUUCAUUACUAGUACACAGACAGCAGAUGAGCUUUGUAUGAAGUACUGUAUAAUCUGGCUUUCAAAUAAAAAUGACUUUGAAACCCUAAACUGCUGAUAAUCGUGAUUCUUACAGCAAGGUUGCGAUGGGAGAAUUGACAUUAGACGAUAUCGUGGCUAAGGUUCUAAAAUCAGAUACGCAACUGCGGAUCCAGGCUAGCCAAGAGCUUCAGGAUUACUUAUCAGUGAGAACGAACCCAGUAAAAUGUGACAACAUUGAUAGGCUCAUCGAUGGCCUUGUGUCGUGGGUCAGUAGCAGUAAUUUUAAGGUUUCGUUACAUGGUCUUGACUGUCUCAUAGUCCUUGUCGAGCGUAUGGAUGACAAAUUCAGGUGUCACAUUGGAACAGUGAUACCUGCAGUUAUUGAUAGACUUGGAGAUAGCAAAGACCAGGUGCGAGAGGAGGCUCUGGCUUUAAUACAAAAAUUAAUGGGAGUAUCAACUUCACAGUAUGUAUUUGAACGACUAAUGAAAGCUUUUGUACAUAAAAAUUGGAGAGUUCGAGAAGAAGUUUUAAAUUGUCUACAACAAACUAUAAAUGUCGAGAGAAACCGAUAUGGAGCUGGCUCCCUAGUUCUUUCAAAACUUGUUCCAUCCAUUUGCAAACUCUUAGGUGAUCCAAAUAGCCAGGUACGAGACACAGCGAUCAAUACACUAGUUGAAAUUUACAGACAUGUUGGCGAAAAAGUGCGGGUAGAUUUGGGCAAAAAAGGAAUUCCGUCUUCAAGAUUAUCAAUUAUUUAUGCAAAGUUUGAUGAUGUGAAGCGAUCUGGAGGAAUGCUGGUAAAUCCUGAGUAUGCACCUAAAGCAGCGACUAGCGAUGAAUCAGACAGUAAACCUUCACGAAAGCCUUGGAAUUCUAGGGUGACACCAAUGCUUAAAAAAACCACAGCAGUGGCUGCUUUUAAUGAGGCUUCCCACAAAUCUACCACUGUCAAAAGAAGUGCGUCGGCAGCUGGGAAGAAAAUUGGAAGUCGGCCAGGCUCCGCAGGGGCUGUAACUGAAGAAUUUUUUGUAGAUGCAUAUGAAGAAGUGCCUAAUGUAUCCAUUUUUAGUUCCAAAUCCUUAGAAGAAGAAUUUAAUAGUAUUACCAGUAUUCUAAACAAUGACAAAAAUGCUUGGGAGCAGAGGUGUAAUGCUCUCAAGAAAAUUCGUGGACUUGUGAUAGCGGGCGCAAAAGGUUAUGACUGCUUCACUCAGUGUCUUCGGUUCAUGGAGGACUCCCUCGUAAUGUCAGCCAAAGAUCUUAGGUCACAGGUCGUGCGAGAGGCCUGUAUCACAUUAGCGUUUUUAUCUUCCAAGCUGGGUCGUUCCUUUGAACAUGCUGCCGAGUCUGUGUUACCGACCUUGUUUCUACUUCUACAGAAUAGUGCAAAGAUAAUGUCCACAUCUGGAUUAGUUUGUAUCAAUCUAAUAAUUAAGCACACACAUGGGCAUAGGUUAAUACCGAUAAUCACUGGUUUUUCAACUUCAAAAUCAACUGCAAUUAGAAAAAACACCUGUUUAUUCAUUCUAACAAUUGUAUCCACCUGGGAUACGCACUCCAUGGAAAGGCAUGUUGGUGCGUUAUCAGAGGCUAUUCGUAGAGGUAUUGAGGAUCCCGACUCGGAAGCAAGAGCCACCUCUAGGAAGGCAUUUUGGAAAUUUUCAGAGCAUUUCAAACAAGCGGGGGAUAAACUUUUUAAUAGUUUAGAUACUUCAAAGCAACGGGGCUUACAGGGCGAAGCAAGUGGAACAUCGAGUGUCGGCUCCCUCUCCAAAAACUCAAGCAAAGCUAGCUCUGCAGAGAAUCUUCGAAUGACACCUGGGAUUCCCGCUAGGCGGUCAAUGAGGGUCACAAAAGCAGAACAAGAUGGGAAUGCACUGGUGCUGGGUCCUCGUUCUAAUAGCGACGUCAACACAGGCGCCGCUUCUCGUGCUCGGUCCAGACACACACAGAGGAACACAAGCGUCUCGGGCACGGUAGCAUCAAGAAUAUCACGGUCAAAAUCCACAUCUAGAGAGAACUUAGCAGCGAGACGGCGUCGUCGAGGUUUGCUUUCGAACCAGUGUCAUUCAAUGUACCUUGAGCCAACCAGCAGUUACUCCCUGGAAACUCCUCCUCCUCCUCCACCUGCCCAGCCAAAUUCAUUUUUACCAAGAAUCAACAAAUCAUCCACGCCGAGCCGAGUCAAUUCUGGUUUAAAUAGUAACGGGAGGGUGCCAUUAUCAAAUGGAAGAGCCACUAGGACUCGUAACCGUAUUGGGGUAUCACAAUCACAACCUGGAAGCAGGUCGGGUAGUCGGUCCGCUUCGCCAUCUAGCAAGAUGUUCUCAACCAUGGGACGCCAUGUCAACGGCAAUAACACAUCGGGUCGGACACGGCGGCGGAGUGGUAUACCUGUACCACGAAGUCAAGGUGCAAGCAGAGAGAAUAGUCCGAGUCGCUAUGGUUACAGUUCUUCAAGUCGUGAAAGACGAAUGAGUGGAGGCGCUAACCAGCAUCCAGGACGAGAGCUAACACAGAAAAACAUCUUAGCACAACGAGUACUGGGUACUGGUCGGGAUGCAGAACAAGCCUUGGAAAGCGCACUUCAGAUAUCUUCACGGAAGCGAUGGGACAGCAAUUGUUCUGAUGGGGAGGACAGUGACGUUUCCAGUGUAUGCUCAUAUGGCUCAAACUCGGGGCGAGCCAUCGAAGACCCACAAGAAAUACUAGCCAAAAUGGCAAGUCCGGCAUGGUCAGAAAGGAAAGAGGGCCUGCACGGCUUACAGAUGCUUCUACAGACACAUCGGAUUCUCACGCGGCAAGAGCUAAAGAGAACAACAGAGUUAUUUACUAGAAUGUUUGUGGAUCCACAUAGUAAGGUCUUCAGUCUAUUUUUAGAUACACUAAUGGAUUUUGUGGGAGCUUACAAACAGGAUCUUUCUGAGUGGUUGUUUGUUUUAAUGACACGCCUCCUUCAGAAGACAGGAUCCGACCUACUGGGAUCUAUCAUGCAGAGAGUUGAUAAACUUCUCGCAAUUGUAACCGAAUCAUUUCCUUAUGACGAGCAGUUUCGUAUUUUAACCAAAUUCAUUGUAGAUCAAACACAGACACCAAAUGCCAAGGUCAAGGUAUCAAUGCUGUGUUACAUGGAGAACUUGACUAGGCUGAUGGAUCCGUCUGAAUUUGCUAACUCCAGUGAGACUAGACUCGCCGUGUCCCGCAUCAUAAGCUGGACCAGUGAAGCUAAGAGUGCUGAUGUUAGAAAGGCUUCACAAGCGGUUCUUAUUGCAUUGUUUGAGCUGAACACACCAGAGUUCAGUUCCAUGUUAUCAGUACUGCCUAAAACAUUCCAAGAAGGUGUUACCAAGCUAUUGCGUAAUUACGUGCGUAGUACCACCACACACGGGAAUGAGAAAAUGGCAGAGGAAGCAAGAAGGUCAUCUCCAAGGUCAACUUUACAAAGGUCACCACGCUCGGUCGAAUCGUCACCACGAUAUAGUUCAUCAACGUCAUCGAAUCAUCAUUACGAUGACAUUGAUAACAACAUGAACUCAGAAGAAGUAUACAAAUCCCUUCAAAAAACAACAGCUGAAAUUCAGAACUACACGUUUAGCAGCCGAGGCGACAUGGAUAGUGGUUAUCUUCGCAACGGCCGAAUGAACGGCAGUGAGGUAGCCAAAAGCCCCCUUCUCACGCCCGAAAUACAGAUUGAUAGUACGGAGGGAAACUACAGGUUUUUUAACGCGAUCACAUCUGUUGACGAUGAGGUUUUUCUGACGACCACUCGACACAAUUACUCUCGUCCCGAAAGCCCUCUUAUCUUUUCAAAUUAUCCAAUACAAGCUUUAAGGACAAGCAGAGGUGCAUUAACAGAUUCAAUGUUGUUUGAUGAGGAUGAGUUCAAUUCUGCCUUACCUGAUGAUGUUACAGAUGCAUUUGUUCCUUUAUUAAAAGAGUUGUCAAACCACAAUGAGCGGUUUGAGGAGAGGAAAUCUGCCAUGAUUCAACUGAUCCGUCUAACACGUGAGAACAGCUUGACCAUGUGGGAUGACCACUUCAAAACAGUCCUACUUUUGAUGUUGGAAACACUUGGUGACUCAGAGGCAUCGAUCAGGGCUCUUGCCUUAAGAGUUCUGCGUGAGAUCCUUCGUAACCAACCAGAUCGUUUCAAAGACUACGUAGAACUGACUAUUCUCAAGAUUCUUGAAGCACAUAAAGACUCACAAACAGAGGUUGUACGUGCUGCUGAAGAUACGUCUGCGACCCUAGCUAACUCCAUCCCGCCUGAACAGUGCGUACGGGUCCUCUGUCCAAUCAUCCAAACAGCUGAUUAUCCUAUCAACCAGGCUGCCAUUAAGAUGCUUACAAAAGUCAUUGAACUUAUGGAUGAAACUUAUGUGCUGGAUGUGUUAAGUGAGGUUGUUCCUGUUCUUCUCAAGUCGUACGACCAUCAAGAGAGCAGUGUGCGUAAAGCAAGUGUUUUCUGCCUCGUUGCCAUUCAUUGUACAAUCGGAGAUGAUCUCAAAGAAUACCUUAAAGACCUUCCUGGGAGCAAGAUGAAGCUUCUUAAUCUUUACAUUAAACGUGCUCAACAGGAAAAGCAGAACCAAGCGCCGCUUUCGCCAAGCAGCACAGGUAGUAGAUAAGCACGACUUAAAGACAUGCAGCUCAACUUCCAAGUGCCCCUCUCGCCAAACAGGAUGAGAUACACAACUUCACAAAACGCAGCUUUUGGAACCGCUAACUACGCGCACAAGCUCUGAGCGAGUGCAUUUAAUUGAUCACCUGCCUAUAUUUGGAGUAUGGAAUGAAUUUACUGUGAUUCACUUAUGCCCACGGCUAAAGGAACUUGUUUCAUUGUUGCAGAUAGUCAAGAAAAUGCAUUUACCUUUAGCGGAAGAGAGGCAUUUCCAUUUGUAGGCAAUCCUUCAUAGAUGUUUUGUAGUUCAUCGUGCGUAUGUAUAUCAUAAGGAUUUCAUGUGCAAAUAUCAUAUAUGAUAUUUACAGCAUGUGAAAUUAUCACACACAGAGACUUAUGUAGAGCCUGUGGAAUUUUUUAAAUGUUUAAAAGGCAUGUGAUAAGGAACGUUUGCACAUGUCUAAACACACUGAAUUUUUGUGUGUGUUUUACUUAUGUGAAAGCUUGAUAUUCUGGUUUUUUUUUUUGGUCAUUACAUGAUCUAAUUUUCGAUUUUUUUUUUAACAGGUACAAAUUCUGACACUUUAGUGCAAUCUUUACGUAAAAACAUAUAUUAAGGUGUGUUGCUGAUGGAAGGGAAAUCUCUGGCUGUUGUCAUUUUUAAAGAUAAAUAACAGACUAAUAGAAUUGUAAAAAAAAAAUUAUGUAUAGUGAGAGAGACUUAGAGCAUGUAAAAGCCAUGUAAAUUGUAUUAUAGUUUGAUCCACUUUUUCGGAGCAUUGUAAAAUACAGUAACAUGAUUAGUAAAAGAUGGGACUCUCCGUAGUAACAAUGCAUUAGGUAUGAAUGUGUAGAAGGCACCCAAAUAAUAUCAUUUAAAAGAACACUUACACUGAACUUGACCACCUAACAGUACAUAUAGCCGUCAAAUUACUAAUUAAUGUUAUCUAGCCUGAAAGGACCCUUCUUUGUUGAAUAUAAUCAAUCUUUAAAAUUUACAAACUUUUUUUUUUUCCCAAAAAUGUUUAAGAUACUGUGGCAUUCAAUUUUUCUAUCAUUCAAUCAUGAAAGCAGAAAUAAACAUGUUUUUAUAAUCAUUCAACAAUAAUCCCAUUGUUGCUAGCAUGACUGAACAAGACUAAUAUGCCCAUCUCUAUCAGUCUUAGAGGAUUUUCUCAUUAUCAUUUAUGUAAAAUUUUGUCAGCAUUCUCUACAACUGUAGUCUAUAGUGUAAUCAUAAUUAAUGUAGAUUCAAGUGUAAUUAUAACAAGGCAGAAUAUCGUAAUUACAAAUCAGUAGAUGUUUACCAAAAAUAUAGAAAAGGAGGUUCGCUUUUCAAACUCGCUUGGAGUUAUAAUCUCUACAUAUUUUUUCCUAUGUCUUCUGCUGUCUCAGCUCUAAAACAUAUGCCUUAUCAUAUAAACUACUUAUGUCUUUAUAGUCAGUAUGUGUUUAGUUUACCAUUAUUGAAGAUUAAAAUUCCUUUAAACAGUGACUUCACAAAUAUUCCAUGGAUAUUGUUGCUUUUUUAAAAUUUACUAUCAAUACUGUAAUUUUUAUAUAGUAAAUUCACAAAAAAUAAUAACAUUUAUGACAGGGUGUCUUUGGGAGGAUUUUUUGCACUUUAAAUAAAUAAAUAAUAAAUAACAAAACUCGGCAAUUUUACUUUCCGGUUAUAAUUCCUCCUCUAAUUUUUAAGGUCAAAUAAUAAGAUGCUUUCACUUUCAAACUUUCACAAGGAAUCCUGAAAAAAAUCCAAACACCAUUGUAAUAAUUUACUGUGUGUAUGCUUCUUUUCUGGCUAGAUAUGGAUUACAGUUUUACAUGAAUCAUCGAUGUAUGGAAAAAAUUCUUUAAGGCCCAUGCCGUAAAUAAGUAAAUGUAUGUGUGUCAUGAUGAAAAUGACCCAUCAUCUUUUCAAAACUCUGAAAUGAGGGACAUGUUUUUGUUGACCUAUUUCCAUUAAUACAGCAAAUACGCAUGUAGUUUAAAGCUGACCUAAAAAAUGGCAUUAUGUGACAUGAUCAAAACACAUCUGGUUAAAAAAUAAUCCACAACGUGAUUGGUGCUUCGUUGUCCUAUAUUUACCAGCAUAGACUAAUUAUAUACUGUAUUCAACUUUGAAAGUAUAUUAACGUCUGUUUCCCUGCCUGUCAACUAUAGGUGGCGCCAUUUUUUUCAAUUAUGUUUUAUUAUAUGAAUGUUUGAUGUGUAAUUCUUAUAAUUUCUAUAUCAACUUUGGUUUUAUUUUGGGAUAUCAUAUUUCGUUGAGAUUUCUUAUUCCGUUGGUAUUCGAUAUUCUGAUGGGAUUUGAUAUUCUAUUGAGAUUUGAUAUUUUGUUUACAUGGAAACAGUAAAUAUGGUAACCGUGAUCAAGAUUUUUUUUAUAUUUUGUUGUUCUGUCAUUAUGUUUUGAUAGUCACUCCCUGUUUUUUAAUUAAAUUUGGUAUAUUUAUUUCCAGAGGUUAAUUUGCUUGUGGUAUGUAUGAAUUAAGAAGUUUAUUAUUAAAAUUGACUGUUUGUAUCCGGUGUAGAUAAAACGUCAAAGAGCCAAAGACAGGAUUAGUUAUUAUUAACAACAUUUUUUAAUGAAAUUCCAGCUUUCAAUAGUGAUUAUAGAACGUUGAUGUUGAUUAUAUUUUGAUUACCCUAACAUACUUGAAAUAUAACUUCUUGAAUGACCUGAUAAAUAAACUAGAUGUUCUUACAGCUUGCUGGAUUUUAAUAUACAGUACAAAUAAUUAUAAACAAUCAAGAUGAUUCAACUCCAGAAUAAUAUACAUUUUAAUAGUAGCAUGGAUCAAAUUUUGUAGCAGCAAUAAUGAUACAGAAUCAGAGAUACGGUGACCCACUAUCAUUGAGUGCCAUGCUGAUGGGAUUCAGCGUGGUAUGGUGUAUUAUGACAAACAUGGCGUUCCAUACAUGAUGUACCUUUGUAGCUGGCAAUUAUGCAGCGUAUUUUAUUUUGGGGGUUUUAAGCAGGAGGAUUAUAAAUAGUUGUUAAGGCUCAAUGCAUGUAUUAUGCUCAGAAUUGUUUAUUGUUUAGUCUCAUUAUAGAUAAGCUCUUUCAUUUCAAAUUGCCAUUAAAAGAUAAAAUUGGAACACA